AUGCAUAGCAAACCCACUACAGGUCAACCCAAACCUCCCGUGAAGGGUCAGAGACUACAUGUGCUCAACACAAGUAUUGACCAGUUUUUGAGUAUACCUUAUGCCAAACCAUUGGUCGGUGCGCUCCGGUUUGCCAAACCUGAACCAAUCAAAACACCACUUAAUGAUAUUAUAGACGCAACGAAAGCCGGCAACUCAUGUAUACAGAGACUACAAGACGUGGACAGGGAGUUGUUGGGAGACCUGACCCUAAGUGAAGAUUGUUUGGUAUUAAACAUAUGGACACCAAAUGCGGGCAAUAAUAACACAAACAAAUCACAGCUCAAACCCAUUAUGUUUUGGAUAUAUGGCGGCGGACUGACCGGUGGCUCAAUAUUUAGCACAGCUGUAUAUAAU